AUGAGUCUGUCCAUUAAGACUAACACGAUGAAGGCAAGCAAGGCGCCAACCGGAAAGGGUGGUAGUGGUAUUUUGACUGCAGCAGCAGCUACGGCCCAGCACGAGGUAGCGGUUGUGGCUUACUACCAUAAUCCUACUCUUGAUGUUGAUGAGGCCAGCGAGGAAUGUCUAAGACGGGGUGGGUGUUCCCUGCGGGAUGUUUGUUACAGUUGUUGCAUUGUUCUCAUGCAGAAUGUUGUGGUGGAGUCGAGUGAACGUGCCUUGUUGAGCCAUCUUGCGGCCAUGGUCACGAGGGCAGAUCCUGAUAUCAUAUUGGGCCAUAACAUAUUUGGUUUCGGGCUGGACAUUCUGGCCCAAAGAAUGCAGCAUCACAAACUCCCAGCAUGGCACAAAUUCAGCCGUCUCAAGAGCAAGAAGAGGGAUGGUAGAGGCAACGCUGGUGGAGGCAGCCUUUGGUUGGGACGGAGUCUCACAGCGGGCCGACUUGUGUGUGAUACGUACUUGAGCGCCAGAGAGUAUAUGAGGAUGACUACGUACGAUCUGGGUAGUCUGUCGAUGAAGCUACUGAAGACUGCACGUGCCCCUGUAUCGCUGGACUCGCUGGUGAAGUUCUACGAGGAUCCUAGGGCGUUGUCAGCCCUAGCUGAGCAUACGCUUACUGAUGCAGUAUUGCAACUACGGGUCGGCUGGGCCCUGCAGGUCCUGUCGUUGACGAGGCAACUGACCAAUCUGGCGGGGAAUCUGUGGAGUCACUCACUGCAGAACAAACGGGCUGAGAGGAAUGAAAUCCUCCUUGUGCACGAGUUCCAUAGGAAGAAGUUCAUCGUCCCUGACAAGGAGAGACCGGGUGAUCGGAAGAGCCACCAAGUUGAUGUCUUUGAUGAAAAUGGGGAUACUAAGGCGGCUACUGCCGGGCCUCGGAGGAAGAAAGCGGCGUAUGCCGGUGGUCUAGUGCUCGAACCGAAAGCGGGCCUCUAUGACAAGUUGGUGCUACUCCUUGAUUUCAACUCCUUGUAUCCAUCCAUUAUUAGAGAAUAUAAUAUCUGUUUCACGACAGUGGAGCGGCUGGAUGCCCACGACUCGGCCCUUGAAGAGAACGCUGGGGCUAUCCCCGAGCUCCCCAAGAGAGCCCCGGGUGAGGGAGACGCUAUAUUGCCGCAAGUGAUCACUCGGUUGGUUGAGAGUAGGAAGGAUGUUAAGAAACUUCUUAAGACAUGUAGCAACCCUAAGACUGGUAAUCAAUUGGAUAUCCGACAGAAGGCAUUGAAGCUUACAGCCAACAGCAUGUACGGCUGUCUUGGAUUCUCCAAUAGUCGCUUUUACGCUAAGCCUAUCGCUGCCCUCAUUACACGAACAGGAAGGGAAACUUUGCAGGCAACAGUGGACAUAGUAGAGAACCAACUACGGCUUGACGUGGUGUAUGGUGAUACGGAUUCUAUUUUCGUUCAUACUGGGACGGAAGCCUUCGACCAGGCCAUGCGUAUCGGCGCGCAGAUCAUGGCUGAGAUCAACAAACGCUAUAAGAAACUCGAGCUUGAUGUUGAUGGUGUUUUCAAGAGGCUUCUGUUGCUGAAGAAAAAGAAGUACGCUGGGGUGAAGGUCAUUGAUUGGGCUCAGGGCAUUGCCGAGAAGGAGUACAAAGGUCUAGACCUUGUGAGGCGAGACUGGUGCCCUCUCUCUAAGAAGAUGGGCGAUGAGGUCCUACGAUGCUUGUUGGGUCUUCGCGCUGAAUCGCCAACCCCUGCAUCGUCUGAUAACGGUUUAGCGGAUGUCGAUCGAUCGGCUCAGGAAGCGGAGCAUGUGGUGGAAUGGCUGCACGAUUAUGUGAAGAGCAUCAGCCUGAAGAUGGAUAACGAUGAAAUACCUCUGGAAGACUAUGUUAUCACCAAAGCCCUGACGAAGAUGCCGGCUGAUUACCCAGAUGCCAAGAGCCAGGCACAUGUGAUGGUGGCGAAAAGUAUGAUGGAGAGCGGCCAUGUGAUUCGGCCCGGCAAUGAGAUACCGUAUGUUAUCACCCGUCUUGUGGAGUCGGCGACGAAGGCAGACGCCGAUGGUGACUCCGACACGAAACCAGCGACUCUGGGCAACGAUUCACAAUCGGUCGCUGCGAGGGCUCGCAGUCCUGAUGAGGUUAGGAAGUUGGGGUCAUCUGUGAUACAGAUAGACACACAAUGGUAUAAAUCCCACCAAAUUCAUCCACCUCUAGUGCGGCUAUGUGCUCCAGUGAGCGGCACGGACGCGGCCCACUUGGCGGAGUGCCUUGGAUUGGACCCUAGCAAGUUCGCAUCAAUUGGGAUGAGCAACAAUAAUGCGGGGGAUGGCGAUGAUAUUGAGGCGGUGAUGGCCUCAUUGUCACAGAACAUAGACAUCGACACGAAGUAUUCUGAUGCGAGAAAGUUCCUUGCGGGAAGUGCAAGACAGUAUAAAUGCCAUAAGUGCAAGACAGUGUGCCAUAUUGCGGACGCUAUCAAACAGAAGGAGUGCGUGAAGUGCUCGGCGGAGAUAUCGUCGGCGCUGAUUCGCAACCUGUUGACACUGAUACUACGAAAGGUCACGAGAGAGGCCGGGCUAGGCUGGGUCCGCUGCGACGAUGAGGGCUGUGGAAGAGUAACCCGUCAGUUGCCCCUUGGCACAUCUCGAUGUCCGUUUGGAGGAUGCCGUGGUAAACUGCAGCAGCUACCGGCACAUACUAAUAGAGCUGUGCAUGAGGUUCUAUCCUAUCUUCGAGAGCUGACUGCAAAGCAUCGACCAGAGUGUGAGAGUAUCCCUGCCCAAUACUUGUCUAUGAAUGCUUAUGAUGUUAUUAAUAUAACAGCGUUAUUCUCUAUGUUCGCGAGGGGUGGCUAGGUGCUGGAGUAGUAGCUUUCAUGGUUUCCUAUUAUCUGAAUAAUAAUACAGUGCAUGUCUGUC